CGCAGCCUGAUGUGAAGUCUCGCGAAAGUGCGAUGCGGCCAUUUUUCCUCCAUUGAUUGCUGUUUGUGCUUGCAGUCCAAACAGACAGAAAGUAACACAGAUUAAAGUGGAUUUCAAGUUAUUUUGCACCAAACAUUGGCUUUGAUAUCGACUCGUUUUGGCUGACAUGCUCAUAAUGUUUUCGCGAGGCGACUUGCAGAGCUCGUGUUGACAGGAUCUCGGCUGGAGGAUCAAAUGGAAAUGGUGCCCAGCGAAGAAAAUCAGCUUGUGGCCAGAGAGGGUAUUUUUUGGAGUUCCAGGCAGAAUAUGUUUGAUGAGAUGCAGAAGAGGUUCAAGCAGAUCGAAAGCGCCGCGGAGGAACCGAGAGUGUUGUGUAUCGUGCAGGACACCACCAAUGCCAAGACGAUCAAUGAGAAGCUGACUCUCAACCUGCCCGCCUCCACCACUGUUAGUAAACUGUUCGAAGAUGUUGCUCGUAAAGCCGGCUACGUCAACGGCUCUUUCUGCCUGGCAUGGACCAACUCUACCAAUGCGGCUUCUCUGGAGCCGGCCAGCGAGUUAUCCCUGGUUUUGUCCGGAUUUGAGGCAGGAAAGAGAAACUUCCUGCAGCUCACGGAUAAGGAUGGGGACCAGCCUCUGAUUCUUUCAGAUGAAUGUGGCACAGCAGACAGCAGCGGGCUUGAUGACAGCUCACAGGACAGAUUCAUUGGCCCUUUACCGCGUGACGGUACUAUGGGCUGCAGUAGUGACUACAGCAGCCCCAGUUAUUCGUAUUCCUCCGUACUCAACAAAUCAGACACAGGUUAUGUUGGUUUGGUCAACCAAGCGAUGACCUGUUACCUGAACAGCCUUCUGCAGUCCCUGUUCAUGACCCCUGAGUUUAGGAAUGCACUCUACAAUUGGGAGUUUGAGGACUCUGAUGAAGAUCCGAUCACCAGUAUCCCAUACCAGCUCCAGAGGCUGUUUGUGCUCCUGCAGACCAGUAAGAAGCGGGCCAUAGAGACCACAGAUGUGACUCGCAGCUUUGGCUGGGACAGCAGUGAAGCCUGGCAGCAGCAUGACGUCCAGGAGCUCUGCAGAGUCAUGUUUGAUGCACUGGAACAGAAGUGGAAAGAGACUCAACAGGCUGACCUGAUUAACCAGCUUUACCAGGGCAAGCUGAAGGACUAUGUGCGUUGUUUGGAGUGUGGCAAUGAGAGCUGGAGAAUCGACACAUACCUGGACAUCCCUCUGGUCAUUCGACCAUUUGGGGCCAGCCAGGUUUAUGGCAGCGUGGAAGAGGCUUUGCAGGCCUUCGUCCAGCCUGAGACUCUGGACGGGCCCAACCAGUACUUUUGUGAGCGAUGCAGGAAGAAAUGCGACGCCCGUAAGGGCCUGCGAUUCCUUCAUUUUCCAUACCUGCUGACUCUGCAGCUCAAACGCUUCGACUUUGAUUACACCACUAUGCACCGCAUUAAACUCAACGACCGCAUGACCUUCCCAGAGGAGCUGGACAUGAGCCCCUUUAUUGAUGUGGAGGAUGAGAAAUCACCUCAGACAGAAAGCUGUACUGACAGUGGGGCGGAGAAUGAGGGAAGCUGCCACAGUGACCAGAUGAGUAAUGACUUCUCCACAGAUGAUGCUGUGGAUGAGGGCAUCUGUCUGGAUAACACCAGCAACACAGAGCGAGCGCUCAAAACAAAGAGCUCGCUGACCUUUGAACUCUUCUCAGUCAUGGUGCACUCUGGGAGCGCUGCAGGUGGACACUACUAUGCCUGCAUCAAGUCUUUUAGUGACGGUCAGUGGUACAGCUUCAAUGACCAGCACGUCAGCAAGAUCACGCAGGAUGACAUCCGGAAGACAUAUGGCGGGUCCUCAGGAAGCAGAGGCUAUUACUCCAGUGCCUUUGCCAGCUCUACAAAUGCAUACAUGCUCAUGUACAGACUGAAAGACCCAUCCAGGAACACAAAAUUCCUGGAAGUGGAGAACUUCCCCGAGCACAUAAAGAGACUUGUGCAGCGAGAGAAAGAGUCUGAGGAGCAGGAAAAGAGACAGAGGGAGAUUGAGCGCAACACAUGCAAGAUCAAGCUCUUCUGCAUGCAUCCAGUUAAGAUGAUGAUGAUGGAGAACAAACUGGAGGUUCACAAAGACAAAACUCUGAGAGAAGCAACAGAAAUGGCCUACAAGCUGAUGGAUCUCGAGACAGUUGUGCCACUGGACUGCUGUCGAUUGGUGAAGUACGACGAGUUUCAUGAAUAUCUGGAACGCUCGUAUGAGGGCGAGGAAGACAUGCCCAUGGGUUUGCUGCUCGGCGGGGUCAAAUCUUCAUACAUGUUCGACCUGCUGCUUGAGAUCCGCAGACCAGACCAAACAUUUCAGCCCUACAAACCUGGAGAGGUUAUGGUGAAGGUUCACAUAGUGGAUCUAAAGAGUGAAACCAUUGCUGCUCCAGUCAGUGUGAGGGCUUAUCUUAACCAGAGCAUUACUGAGUUUAAACAACUCAUUGCACAGGCCACGGGGCUUUGUGCAGACACGAUGCGUGUUGUCUUAGAGCGCUGCUAUAAUGACCUUCGGCUUCUUUAUGUGCCCAACAAAACUCUAAAAGCAGAGGGUUUCUUCAGGAGUAACAAGGUAUUCGUGGAGAGCUCAGACUCGCCGGAUCACCAGGCCGCUUUCACCGAAUCUCAUUUGUGGAAGCUCCUGGAUCGCCACGGCAACACAAUCAGACUGUUUGUCUCCCUGCCCGAGCAGUCGCCAGGCUCCUUAGCCAAUAGAACUAGUUGUCCCAAAGCUAGCGCUGACUCUGAGGACUCGUUUGAUGGGUCGAAGGGCAGCCGAAAGUCAGUAGAAGCCAUUCUUGAAGAGAGCACAGAGAAACUAAAAAACCUUUCAUUACAACAACAGCAACAGACCUCCAGCACCAGUGACAGCCAGAAGAGCUCAGAACACAGCGACUUCGAGCACAUCGAGUCACCACCAGCACAAGAACCCGAGGCUGCCGCACAGCCGCCCUCCCAACCCGAGAAUUGCACGCGGCCCGCUCCCGACUCCGAGAACCAGUUCCCCUCUGAGGAGCGUUCUGACUCGGACGUCAACAAUGACCGUAGCACCAGCUCGGUGGACAGCGACAUCCUGAGCUCCAGCCACAGCAGCGACACCUUGUGUAACGCAGACAGCGGCCCGUUGCCCCUGGCCAACGGCCUUGACUCGCACAGCAUCACCAGCAGCCGCCGCUCCAAAGCGCACGAGGGCAAAAAGGAGACGUGGGACACGGCCGAGGAGGAUUCGGGAACGGACAGCGAGUACGAUGAGAACGGCAAGAAUAAAGCCGAAGCCCAAUACCUGUACUUUAAAGCAGAGCCGUACCCGCAAGACAAUGGUUCCGAAGAGGGACAGAAAAGUAAAGGUUUGCUUGUCCAUGUUGAUAAGAGAAUCACAUUGGCUGCAUUCAAACAGAAUCUCGAGCCGUACGUUGGCGUCCCAUCCACUCAGUUUAAGGUCUUCCGGGUUUAUGCCAACAACCAGGAGUUUGAAAGCGUGCGGCUGAAUGAGACACUGUCUACUUUCUCUGAUGACAACAAGAUCACGAUCCGAUUAGGACGAGCACUGAAGAAAGGAGAAUACAGGGUGAAGGUCUACCAGCUGCUGGUCAAUGAACUAGAGCCCUGUAAGUUUCUUCUCGACACAGUGUUUGCUAAGGGCAUGACUGUUAGACAGUCUAAAGAGGAGUUGCUGCCUCAACUCAAAGACCAGUGUAAACUGGAGCUCAGUAUAGACCGGUUCAGACUCAGGAAGAAGACCUGGAAGAACCCAGGCACAGUUUUCUUGGAUUACCACAUUUAUGAGGAGGACAUCAACAUCUCCAGUAACUGGGAGGUGUUCCUCGAGGUCCUUGAAGAACCCGAGCGAAUGAAGUCCAUGUCCCAACUGGCGGUUCUGACGCGACGCUGGUGUCCCGCCCAGAUGAAACUCGAACCCUUUCGCGAGGUGGUGCUGGAGAGCAGCAGUGUAGAGGAGCUCAAGGAAAAGCUCAGUGAAUUGAGUGAGAUUCCUUUGGAAAACUUGGAAUUUGCAAAGGGACGAGGAACUUUUCCCUGUGACAUAUCAGUGCUGGAGAUCCAUCAGGAUUUGGAUUGGAAUCCUAAAGUCUCCACCCUCAAUGCUUGGCCUCUGUAUAUCUGUGACGAUGGCGCAGUGAUCUUCUACAGGGACAGCACAGAAGAGCUAAUGGAGCUUUCCGAGGACGAGCGUAAUGAACUGAUGAAGAAAGAGAGCAGUCGUCUGCUAAAGACGGGCCAUCGGGUCAGCUACUCUCCUCGCAAGGAGAAAGCCCUCAAAAUUUACCUGGACGGAGGGCCUACCAAAGACCCCGGACAGGACUGAGCGGGUGGGAACUGUCCUCCCGUCUUUUCUGUCAGACCUGACCGCUGCAGUGUAGCGCUGCCUCGCCAGGGACCCUGGCCCACGUUGAAUCAACGUCACCAGUGCUGUCCGGCUGACGCUGUCCUUUGGAGCUCAGAGUCCUAUUGUGCACCAUAGUUUAUUGUACUGUAAAGUUUAAAGGGAAGUGCAAAAGCUAUUUCAAAUCUAAUAUCAUUUAGAAAAAAAAUCUGUUUAAUAAUACAAAGACGGGUGCAAUCGUAGAGCAAAGAGAGGGGGCAACUUUAUCGCCCUCUUGAUUCGCCUGUCUUUGUUGAUUUUCAUCCCGUCGUUCCCACAUCCAGUUCACACGUUCACCCAGAUUCAUUGACCGUUCAGGCACAGCGUGUAAUGUACCCGGAUACCUUCAAACGCCCUUCAGACCGCAGGGGUGCGGCACUGCUCAUCUUCCACUUCGUAGAGCUCUUCGACCGGACUCGUCCGGUUACGUGAUACUUUCACUUGAAGUUUUUGGGUAUGAUGGCUCUCACUUGAAAUUUUGGUAUUUCGUUUUGUUUAUUUAACACACAGUUGUGAAUUAAAUGCUUCUUUUCUGGCUGACAAAGUUAAUGGUUCCCUGUUUGUUUGGGGAUGGGCGUGGCUAUCGAUAUCUGAAGCCCCGCCCUUUGCUCUUUUAUCAUUCUUCCUACUGGGGCUACUGACACUGGUACAUACGGGAUUGCGAGCCUUUAGGAGUAAAGCAACACGAAUCAAGUAGAGAGCUGCAUUUACCUGUUUUGGUUUUUUGUUGUUGUUGUUUAUCCUGUAAAUUAUUUCACUACGGACUGAUAAAGAUGUUAGGUCUUGUGAGUGACUUUUAAUGGCACGUGUUUUAAUUAUUUUCGUUUUGAUCUGUACUCGGCUUUCUUUUUCCAUCUAGAAAUGUCUCAUCCUGUGUUUGUUUUGUUAUUUUAUUUUGUGAACACAGGUUCAGAUGUGGCGAGUGUGUGUGUGUGUGUGCAUGUGUGGAAAUGCUUCUCGCUGCUGUUUUUGCGUAGCUGGAAGGCGGCGGGUGUGUGAACGCCCCGCCACAGGAGCGCCAGUGACCCUCCCUGGUACCGCAGAGCACAGGCUCCUGGUCUCCGUACGCUGCCACAAGCUGUAGACAUGCCAAUAUUCAAAUAAAGAGCAACAAUCAAA